UGUGUUGGUAGAGGCAUUAAAAUAAAAACACCGAAACAUUAGUUAGUGACAACAUCAUAGAAGAGCAAAUCCAGAUGAAACCCAGAAUCCUCUGUUUCCAUGGAUUCAGAACAAGUGGUCAAAUCCUCAAGAAACUAGUCUCACGUUGGCCUGAAACUGUACUCCAAAAACUGGACCUAGUUUUCAUCGACGGUCAAUUUCCAGCACAAGGAAAAUCAGAUGUUGAAGGCAUUUUCGAUCCACCUUAUUACGAAUGGUUCCAAGCCAAUGAGGAUUUCACUGAGUAUAGGAACUUUGAAGAAUGUUUAACAUAUGUUGAAGAUUAUAUGCUGGAAAAUGGUCCUUUUGAUGGUGUACUUGGAUUUUCUCAAGGUGCAUUUUUAGCGGCUGCAUUGCCAGGAAUGCAGGAACAGGGAGUAGCACUUGAGAAGAUAAACAAGAUCAAGUUUCUGAUUCUGAUAUCAGGAGCCAUGUUUGGUGGAAUGAAAUAUGGAACACCUAAACUAGCUUCCAAUGCAUUUUCAAAACCCAUUGAUUGCCCCUCUCUUCACAUUAUAGGUGAGACAGAUUUCAUGAAGCCAGAAAGCAUUAUUUUGCAAGAGGCUUUUGUUGACCCUGUUGUGAUUCAUCAUCCAAAAGGACACACAAUCCCAAGACUUGAUGAAAAGAGUCUUGGAACUAUGCUUGGUUUCAUCAACACAAUUCAGGGAAUGCUAUCAGAUGGUCAAAGCAAGAAUUGAAUCUUGAUGUAGAAUUUUUGCUCCCUUUCUAUGAAACUUGAUCCAAAAUGUAUAAUGAUUUUGUGGGAGAUUAAUGUGUUUUGUCUGUUAUAACUAAUACAUAUGUUGAACCACCUAA